AUGAACCAAUGUGACCGGAGGCAAUCCUCCAAGACCACCUGCGCCAAUGUCCCCAACGAGUGCCUGCAGCCAGAGACCCUGUGGGCGGACAAGGCCAAGUACCGCGAGACGUUGGAGAAGCUGGGCAAGUUGUUCCAAAAGAACUUCGGCAAAUUCACCGAGUUCGAGAUGGGCGGCACCUCACAGCGCAUUCCCGAUGCGCUGGCAUGGUUGUGUAGUACUUUGUGCCGUUUCGAAUGCCCUCUCGCCGCCUUCCUAUCUCAUCUCGCUCGCCCUCCCGUUCCGAUCGACCGUCCUGACGCCGUCCCAUCGACCAUCCUGACGCCGUCCCAUCGACCGUCGCGUCGCGAUCAUGUCGUCCGUCCCGUCGACGUCCCGUCGCCCUCCUACCGUCAUCUCCAUUACCCCUCUCCUCCAAUCACCCUCGCGAUUUUCCUGUCGCAAAUCUCUCUCUCGCCGCUCCCUUUCCUGAACCAAUCGCCUUCUCCUCUCCCUUCUCGUCGCUCUCUCUCUCGCUGCUCCCUUUCCGUUGCAAUCGCCUUCUCCCAUCCCUUCCCGUCGCUCUAUCUCUCUCCCCUCCCUUCCCGUCGCUCUAUCUCUCUCCCCUCCCAUCCCAUCGCUCUAUCUCUCUCCCCUCCCUUCCCGUCGCUCUAUCUCUCUCCCCUCUCUUCCCGUCGCUCUAUCUCUCUCCCCUCCCUUUCCGUCGCUCUAUCUCUCUCCCCUCCCUUUCCGUCGCUCUAUCUCUCUCCCCUCCCAUCCCGUCGCUCUAUCUCUCUCCCCUCCCUUACCGUCGCUCUAUCUCUCUCCCCUCCCUUGCCGUCGCUCUUGCUCUCUCCCCUCCCUUCUCGUAGCCUUAGAUGCAGCCGUCGCAAAUUCCUCUCCCACCCACCAUCACCCACCCCAUCGCCUUCUCGUCCCCCGCCCACUUUCUCCUCCCAUCGCCUGCCUGGUCGCCUUCGCGCUCGCACUCAAACGCUCUCCCCGCGCCCUUCCUCUCUCCCUUCCCAUCACCGACCUCGUCGCCCUCGUGCUCGUCCCGAAAUGCCUUCCCAUCGCCUUUCGUCUCUUCUCCCCAAUCAUUAA